AUGCAGUCGGCUCCUUCGGCACAGGAUGGCGUGAACUCUCCGCAUUCUCUUCGUAGUCCUGAUCAGAUUCCUCUUCCAGCAAGCUCAGCAAGCUCAGCUGGCUUCGUGGAGGGGAUGAAGCCGAGAGAGCUUCGAGGAUGGAUGAAGAGGAUGGAGAAUGAGCUGCGAGAGAUGAAGAAGGAGUUGUGCGUGAAAAGAGAGGCAACAAGUGUCUUGGAUGAGCUUCAAAUGUGGAAGAAUUAUACCGAGGAGAUGCUUGAAUUGAGAUCGAUACAAGAGAACUUCUCAGAGUUUUUGAAUGAAACCACCGAAGAUUACGCAACAUUGCUGGACAACUUUGAAAGAGAACAAGCAAAAUUCGAGCAAGCGAGGAAGGAUUUGGAAAAAACGGGUGGAGAAAUUGGUCAGGAUGUGGACAAAGUGUUCAAGAGCAUAGAAGAAGCUCAAGCCAUGAUAUCAGAUUACCUGACAGAGGUCGAAGCGACCAAAGACGAUCAAGGUGAAGUCGGUGGCAAUGAUGUUAUGCUGGAUGAAACACCGCCGAAAUCAUAUGCACCAACAGAUGAUCCCUCAUUCGAUAGAUAA